UAAUUUAAUUCAAUUCAGCUAUUCAGAGAGGAGAUACAUGGUGUUUUAUAAUUGUAUCUACUAAAAACUUAUAUUUUUUAAGUGCAUAAUAGCAGCUUUAUGUAUUUUAAUUACAUCUGCAAUAUUUUGCACGUUUAAGAAUUGUACGUUAAUUUCUUACGUAUAUAAUUAGUUGUUUCACAUGCAUUGAAUGCUUGAGUAAUUCUGACAUAGAGUAGUCUUUUUUUGUCAUCUGGCUCUUGAGGUAAAUUUAGUUUCACCUACCAGCUUCAAUGUUCUCACUACAUGUUCUAUCAUAGCUUAUUUGGUUGCUGUCUAAAGAAGUUCGCAUCGUGUUGCAAGUUAAUAGCAAUAAUUAUUACAGCAUUUGGGAAUAAAAAAAUUUCAAGCAGUUAGUGAGUAAAAAACACUUUUAAUGAUAUAAAAAAGAAAAAACGCAAUAUCACAAGGUAUAUACUAAGAAUUUACGCACAAAAUGGAAAUAGCAAAGGAGCUUGUCUUGACCCUCAAGGAGAACAACAAAUCGCAUGUCGGAUACGGAUUGCAAAAAGAAUGCGAAGCUCUCGUGGGCCAUAUUCUGCAAAACAUGGUCAGAUCUCAAAUGCCUCCUCUUCAUGCUGUAACGAAAAAUGAAGAAGAUUCCAUCAGAUACAAAGAAGAAGGCAAUCAGCAUUUCGUGAUGGGCGAUGAUCUGGAAGCUAUCGAGUGCUAUACUCUAAGCUUGGCGUAUGCCGACAGCGAUGAGCUCAUGGCGUACGCGCAUGCAAACCGAUCCGCCGCUUUGUACAGAAAACAAUUGUACAAGGAAUGUUUGAUAGACAUUGACGCGGCCGUGUCUCACGGAUAUCCGAAAGAGAAACAAAAGAAUUUGAAAGAACGGGGAGACAAAGCGAUAAUGGAAAUAAAGAAACUGUUGCAAAUGGAUGAUGAUUCGGAGAAUAUCGACGAUCGAAAACUCGCGGACGAGCUGCGUCUUUGCGAAGAAAAGUUUACCGCGAAGUUGCAAAACGCGAAGGAACAAAAUGGACGAACAACGGAAAAAGAUCAGGAAACAAAUGUUUUGAAGAAGCAAGACGGGACAGCGCACGAAGAUUAUCUUUAUUACACGACAAAAGUUCCGCCGCAAAAGCCGAGAUACUUGCAGAACGACGAUUUUUCUAAGGUAACAUACGGCGCGAGUGAGGAAGCACCCGCCGUCAGCGACGGUAUCGCGAUAUCUUUUUCCGAAAGAUACGGAAGACACUACGUGGCGACGCGAGAGUUUAAACCUGGCGAUAUAGUCAGUAUCGAGGAUCCGUACGCGCAUGUUAUUUACGAAGAACGGUAUUACACACACUGUCACUACUGUCUAUCCAGAAGCUACAAUUUAAUUCCCUGUCCGAAGUGUCCGAUAGCUCAGUACUGUUCGGAAAAAUGCAGACAAUUGGCGUGGAAAGUGUGUCAUGAAACAGAAUGUCCGAUUCUGAAGCUGUUGACCAACUUGCUUAAUGUCGACAAAGAUAAAAUACGAAUGAUCUCGAAGAUUAUACGACUGUUGAUAGUGGUGACUGAAAAUGGGACAAAACUGAAAGAGUUGCAGGAAGAUAUGAAAAUCGCGGAAUCUAAUCCAGACAGUAGAACAGCGGGAUUUACGGACACCGGGAUAUUAGAUAGUUUUAGCGCGCGAUCCGCGCUGAGUCUGGCGACCAACAUGACCACGAGACCGCUAAUUGGAAUCAGCGCGUUUGCUUGCAUCUCGGCUCUCGCGGUGAUACUUUUGGCCACGCAAACGAGAUUCUUUUCCAUAAAGUACGAAAUGGACGAUCUGAAGGAUAUCAGCAAAUUUUCCGAGCUCAAGUUUUGCGCCAGCAUAAUGUUCCGUGCCUGCGUGAUAAUGUCUUCUAAUUGUUUUUCGAUACAACAAGAACCUGGGAUUAUAUCGGGCUCGGGCUUGUACGUGGCUCACAGUUUGUACAAUCAUUCUUGCGCGCCGAAUACGUUUCGACACUUCGAAGGGCUCACGAUGAUCACGCGCGCACUAACGCCCAUACGACCCGGCGAUCAGGUAUUCACGAGUUACGGGGGCGUGUACGCGCACAUGCCUCGUGACGAACGGAAGCAAAAGAUAUUGCAGGAUUACUUCUUCGAUUGCGACUGUCCGGCUUGCGAGAACAACUGGCCAACGUACAACGAGGUUCUGCGAGAUCACGUCGGUUCUAUCUCCAAAAACAAGCAGCUUGUCGAGAAGUUGAAGCCCUUCAGAAAGAGAUUGCUCGAGAACAUGUACGACAUCGAGGCGGUAAAAGCUGUUCUCGAUAUAUUGUACAAAGAAGUGGACGAACAUCCGUGUGAGGAAAUACUUCAUGCGGAGCAGUAUUUGAAGAGUUAUUAUCUGGAUCCGUGAUCUUCAAUUCAGGGGAGACAUUUAUAUAUAAAUACAAAAUGUUUUUUCAUCGCCUCUGUAAAUUUUAUUACAGUUUUAUUCCUCGCUGAUCUAUGCGUGUGCGUUCACGCUACUUAUUUAUGGAUUCUGUAUAUAGUAUAAAUUUUACAGAAGAAUAUUAGUCACUUACCUUACAACAUUUGUCCUUUUCAUGAAUUAGUUUAAAAUAAAUAAAUAUAGUUGGAAAAUACAUUUAUGUUACGUAC